AUGUCGCGUCGAGAAGACCGUAAUUACGACUCGAAACGUCAUCGUUCGCGGUUCGACCGUGAAGCCAGCCCAAAGAGAUCUAGGAGGGAUGGUAAACCAGCUACUGAAAGACUGCCCACUGACACUGAAUUGCAUAAAGAUCAUUUGGACCGGGAUCAGAAGCACCGACGUCGGCUGCAGGAUGCAUUGCCCCUUGAGGCUACAUCAGCACAGGAAUCUAAGGUUGAAACUCAAGCUGUUACCAAAGAAUCUGAAAACAAGACUAAUGGACACUAUGAAGGAACCAAACAUUCUUCUGACCCAACUAAAAUACCACACUCCCAAUCAUACUUUCAGCAUGAUGAUCGUCGUAGUGCUGGGCAAGUUGGGAGAAGCUUCAGUCGCAGGACAGAUACUGAACGUGGAUGGAGGAGAGAUACUAAGGAGCAGUAUGGCGACAGGAUGGAAAAUAAAUCAGUAGUAAGUGAUACACAGCUAAAGAACGAGAAACCUAGAGACAACGGGGAAGAUAGUCGUGUAUGGCGCCAUGAUGGGUACUUCGAAAUGGAGGCUGAUCCAAAACCACCUGUACGUAAAAGGCCUUCCUUUAGAGAGCAAAAGAUUCCUGCAGAUCCUGAGAAAACUGACAAGGCAAUAGCAAACCCUCGAGAUCUCCCAGUAGACAAUGAAAGACAAGCUGUACAAGAGCACAUCUCACGUAAUUAUGACAGACCCAAGAGAUCAAUCGUGGGCGAGAGGGAGGCACAAAGAGGUGAAGCGUGGAGGGGCAACUCAUCCAGAGAUAGGAAUGGUGCCAGCAGUAGUUACAGCGGCAGAGAUAGGCUCGGUGGAAGGCAAGGCUAUCGUUCAACUGGUGGCCAUGUUGAUAAAUGGAAGCAUGAUCUUUACGAGGAGUCGAAUAGGAGUCCGACCCCGAAGAAUGAAGAAGAUCAGAUUGCCAAAAUUGAAGCUCUCUUGGCUUUGUAA